UUGUGUUUCUUCGGCAUUGCGAAGUGUAGCCGAUACGCAGUGGCUGACGUGUAAGUCAAUUUGUUGGCAGAGCUCGGCUGAACACCAAAGACGAGUGAUGAUAGCCCGCGGGCUACGAAAACAAACACUUCACUUGGCCGACCUUGUUUGUCAGCCAUUCAGGAGAAAUAUUGUUGUUUCGGGUCGUGAGCGGAGGUCAUCGAGGCGGCAAGAAGCGAAAGGAUCAACGGAUCUCAACAACCUGGCCGAGUUCUAGCCAGGUGUGGACUCUCGCAACACGAGUGAUCGUCAAGUUUCUGGGGACGCUAAUAAAGAACUGCCGGCGUGGACCGACCGCGCCUCAGAACCCCAGAGACGAUGAAGCCCAGGAGGAUGGUAAACACCACCGUUGCGGUGCAUGUCGUUUCGACCGUUGCGGCCAACGAGCUCGUCGUUUUGUCUACUCCUGUCGUGCUUUGUCGAGUCAGCAGUGUCGGCACGGCAUAAAGUCGGGUGGCUGCUUUUUUCCCCCAAGAUUUGCAGAAAGGUUGCGGAUUGGCUGUUGAUGUUCCUAAUCGGGUUUAGUCAGGUACUAUCUGAGAAUUUAUCGACGCCGGCGGCCGAUGGAACGAUGCGAGGUACGUUGUACAGAUGGACUCGACUCGACAGGACACGACAAUGCAAUUUACUAUAUCAUCUCAUCAACACGCCUUUGCCAUGCGUUGACAAGAAAAUAAAUUGGAACUCGAAUGGAACUCGAAACGAGGACAAUCUUCUCUACUCCCGCGCAAAAGAGGACGCCUAGGCGCCACCGCUCAUUCCCAAGGCCUAAAUGCCGGAACCUAUCCGGAGGGCCAACAGUCUGGGCCCUGGAAAAUCGGGGAGAAACUCCUCACGAAAGGAGCUUGAUUCGUCGCGAGCUUGGCAGCUUUCCAUCUGGCAGUCUUGGCUCUCGUGAGAUUUCGCGCCACUGUUGUUGGCAAGGCUUGGUCGAAUCUCUCCGCGAUCGAAUUAGUCAACGACCGCUUGAACGGUUGCGAUGUUGUUGAAGCUGUCGUGAGGUAUGGUUGGAUGGGUUGUUUCAGACAGAGUUCUCCCUCGACGCGCUGACGUCCUGUGCCGGUGGGCAUCUGGCUCUGCCGUCACAGCGACGAUGGUACCUGCAGUAGCCGCCCACUCCCAAAUUUGGGCAAUCUCGCCAAGGAAGGGGAUCCCCACCGUCAAGGUCAACGCCCAGUGCUUGGCGGCCAUCCAAGCUCAGGCACCCCGGUUGACGCUCAUUUCCUCCUCAUUUUCCCCCUUGGACUCAGUCUGGCCAUCCGCCGCUCGCCCUGACCGCUCCACCGCUCGAGACCCCAUUUCUCCUUCUUCAGUUCACCACUCCCUUGAACUGUUGCACACUCGUUUUCCACUCUUGUCACCGCACACUCUCUUUGCGCGACAAGUCUUCCAGCCAACAGAGAGUUUUCGGCUCUCUACCACAUUCCUUUGGAACCUUGCGAUUGUACUGUACUGUACCUGUAGCAUCCGAUCAAAACAAAACAAAAGAAACAUUCCAGACACUUGCGACGGAAAAAUAGUCACGACGACAAAGCUAUACGGUCAAGACACACUAUCAACAUGAAGGGGCUUUUCAAAACUGCCGUCGCCGCGGCGGUUGUUGCCGGCGUUGUCGCUCAACCCCAUAACCACGGCCACGCCCACCUCCACCGUCAUGCCCGCAAGCACAACCAGUCGCCCGUUGAACUUGAGAAGCGCACCGACAAGACCGUCAUCAUCACCGAGGUUGUUGAGGGCCCCACCGUUGUCAAGUACGUUCUUGACGGCCAGGUCAUCCCCGAGGAAAAGGCUCAGGAGGGUAUCGCCGCCGGCCAGUUCGCUGUUGUUGGGUCGUCGAAGCCUUCCUUCAGCGCCCCUCCCCCUUCCGUCACCACCUCGAUCGCUCUCCCCGAGCAUGGUGGUCAAUUCUUCGAGAAGACCACCAGCGCCAAGCCCGAACCCACCACAACUUCGGAAGCUCCCAAGGUCAAGGCUACCGAGGAGCCGGAACCUGAGAAGGAGGAGGAAGAGGAGGAGGAGGAGCCCGAGGUUCCCAAGGGAACCGGUCUGGACGCCGAAUUCCCCAGCGGCAAGAUUCGUUGCAGUGAGGUUCCUACCGACUAUGGUGCUGUCAAGAUUCCCUGGUCUACCACUCGCGGCUGGACCACUUUGGCCAGCUUUGGCGACUGGGUCAAGGGCAAGGCCGUUGACAACAUUGACCAGCCUGUUGAUGGCACCUGCAGGCCCAAGAUGAUGUGCUCUUAUGCCUGCCCUCCCGGUUACCAGAAGACCCAGUGGCCCGAGGAGCAGGGUGCCACCGGCCAGUCUGUCGGUGGCCUUUGGUGCAAUGCGGAUGGUUUCUUGGAGCUCACCCGCCCCUCCGUCAAGACUCUUUGCGAGGCUGGCGCGGGUGGUGUCUUUGUCCGCAACGAGCUCGAUGACAACGCUGCUGUUUGCCGUACCGACUAUCCUGGCAACGAGAACAUGAUCAUCCCCGUUGAUACUCAGCCCGGCGGAACCUAUCCUUUGACCAACCCCGACUCCAGGACCUACUACAAGUGGCAAGGCAAGCCCACCACGGCUCAAUACUACGUCAACAACGCCGGUGUCCCCGUUCAGGAGGCCUGCAAGUGGAAGAGUGAGAAGUACCCCGAUUCUGCCGGCAAUUGGUCCCCCACCAACAUCGGUGUCGGCAAGAGCUUGACGGGCGAGACCUUCCUUUCCGUCUUCCCCAACCUGCCUACCAGCCACGCCAUUCUCAACUUUGACAUCAAGGUCGAGGGUGACAUCUCUGGUACCUGCUGGCUCAAGGCCGGCACUUACUCUCAGGACAAGGGCUGCACCGUCGGUCUCAAGCCUGGCGGCACUGCUUACAUUGUUUUCAAGAAGCCCGGCAGCUUCCAGGUCUAAUACACGUUAGAAAUGUAGGAGACGAGGAGAAAGUGGCGGAUUUGGAAUCGCAUAUUACGGUUUAAAUGUGUAUACUUGUCAUUUCACAUGGGGUCGAAUGGGUUAUUGUUGCUUCAAUUACCUCGAAACAGGUUCGGGUAUAGGAAAAUCACUGUCGUCACAGGGGCAAGCAGCUCGAGGGUGGAUUUUUGCUUCCCGGUCAGGUGUUGGCCUCUGUCGAUGGCUUACUUUCCGUGUACUUGUUAGGGACUUUUAUAUCGUGCGCUUUCGGCGUUAUAUGGAACUCGAAGAUUGUCAGAUGUUGUGGGUCAUUGGU